AUGACCCAAACAAGCUCUUCGUGGGAACUGCCACUCUUAAAGGUCCGUACAAAGUCGUCUUCAGUCUGUCUUUUUCAUGUACGCCGUAUAUUGAUCGAUCAUUUAGUCUCAGCUUCUGGAAGCGUCACGUCAAAGGAGCUGGUGAAGAACCUCUCAGCAGAACCUGGAAGCGCAGCCUCGAACCCAGUAGGUGCACAAAGAUCCCAGAAUGGCCUCAAUCCAGCUCGGCGGUUAGAUGGUCAGGGCAGUUCAGCGGCGAUUUAUGCAUCCUUCAUCUCUGCUGUCACUGGUGCACUAAGCUUUCAAUUGAUUCGAUGUAACAAUGCAAUCCCACUUGGAUCACGUACCCUGUUCACCGCUGUUGGAGGAGACUUCUAUGACAAUCCAAGAAUCGUCAAUGAUGACCCUACUGCGGUACCUUCGCUCACUACGUUACAAAUCCAGCUCACCUCAGUGGGCAAGCUGACUGUUUCAUUGCAAACAAUAUCUCAGCCUGGCAUUGUACGACUUUGCAGUCCUCAUGUUAGUCCUGCUGAGGUAUACAAUGUUCAGCCAGGUGCUGACCUAUGGUUGUCUCCUAGCGGAUCAAUUGCAAGGCUAGUCACAACCAAAUUAGAUACGCCGCUUGCUUCUUCUCCUCCCGGCUCUUCUAAUGUUGGCGGUACCACAAGUGCUUCGGCCGUGGCCAACCGCAAGCAGUGGAAAGUCAAUGUGAUACAGUGGCUUCAGAAUUAUGGGUUAUCAGUGGGUUCUGUGGAGGAAGAACCAUGGGUAGAGGUCGAAGUUUGGGAGCCAUUCUACUCGAGGUUAGCUGGGGAGACCUUUCGACAAACCGAGGAAGGCUCCUCUGUGCUUCCUCUAAAGCGGAUUAUAUGGCCAGCUAAGUAUUGCUUCACCAGAAAGAAGUCGACAGGCACAGAAUCUUUUCUCGGAAUCGAGGAGCGUUGUCCAGCCUUCAAUGAACCUCUGGAAUUUGCAGAGAAAUGGUUUGCUACGGAACAUAUAGAUCAUGGCGAACCGGAUACCAAGCCCCCGCCUGGUCAGCAAUCAGCCUCAAAGGACGAGGAGAUCUCCAUAUCUAGAUCUGAUUUUCCAGAAGGAAUAGAGAGUCUCUCUCGAGCUGCGGAGUAUCCUGACCUGCAGAUCUCGAGUCUGGUAUAUCCUACCCCACCAGACGGCACCUUUCCCAUGGGAAUACAUCCGUCACUGUCAUCUGAUGCCGCAAUUGAAGACUCAGACAGCAGAAAUCCUGCGAUGUCAAAAUUAUCCAAGUCUAGACCUACAGAGAAGGUGUCCUCUAAAGAUCGAUCAAAUCAUGACAUGCUCUUGAGUUUCGGCCCAUCACCUGGACUCAUAAUCGGGUCGGGACUUUACGAUACCAACGAUGAUGAUGAUCUAUUUGGAGAGAUGAACCAAAAAGAUUUUGGAUUCAAGGGAAUCACCGACGCUGAUUUUAGCUUCUUUGAUGAUCCUGGCUUCGGCCAUAUGAGUGGCGAUAUGAUGCUCGAUGCGCAAGAAACACCUCAGAUUGCUCCUGAAAGUGACGAGCAUCUAACUCAGUCGCCUGCACCUCCCCCACUACCAGAACCCCCGUUCAUUGAGGAGGCCUCCAUGCAGAGGAAUAUCGCAGAGCAGGACCGGGCCUCUUCUGCUCGACUCGAGGAGGAGGGAUCAGGCCUCGCGCCUGGCUCUGACUCUGCUUCCGGUGACAUGGACGUAUCUUCACCCCGCAAGGCAGAUAGCCAAACUAUCAGUCCUCCUCUUAGUCCUGUUGAAGUCAAAAAAACACUUUUUUCGCUCUCGAGCGAGAAGAGCCCACUGUCUGUCAAUCAUGGGCCCAUGCAGGGACACUAUAAUCCUGUUGCUUUCAAACAGGAUAUGCUGAAUUGGGACCAGAAGUAUGGAGCAGAGGGCAAGUUCUCAGUCAAGGCCGCAGAAUCCAAUUCCCCGAUGGUCUCCAGCAGUAAAACUGGGGAUAUACCAACGAUCGGCCUUCCCCGUCGCAGCGUGAGAGCGAGAGCUUUGGAGCCCGGCGCUCUACGUGCUACAGGUGGAUCGAAGAGCCCGUCAAGCGAUCAAGAGGAACCCAUACCCUCGGACUCUGAUUUUGAUUCCACCAGUGAAACGACUGAUGACGAUAGCGAUGGCAACCUUUCCGACAGCGAUGCUUCUAUCGCCACAUUUCCUAAUCGCAAAAGAAAACGUGCCAGCUCUCAUUCCGGAAGUUCGGUGGCCCUAUCCCAAGAGAAAUCUCUGGCGAAAUCUGAAUUAGCGAUCACUACACCUAGGACGGACGAUUCAAUAUUCUUGGGUAAUUUCCUUUCCAGUUUCUCUGAUUGGUCAAUGGUGGGCUACUUCUCUGCAACGCAAAGCCAGCUUUCCCCUGUGCUCGUUGGCAAGGAUGCUCAAAUUCAAGUAGCCCAACUCUUGGUUGACCAGGUCACACAGUCCUCCCUUGAUCAUAAGAUCGAUGGGACUUUGGGUGUCUCGAAUCUUGAGACGAAGGCGUAUUCUCUCCGAACCUUCCUUGAGGAUACAGCAUUCAUGGGCGAGAUUGAGAGACUUGAUCUCAACGGUUUCACUUCAUUGCAAGAAGCUAGUGAUGCUUCUCCUCAACCGGCAGUGGCCAUGUCGCGCCAAUCAUCUCAACGCAAAGAGUCCGGAAAGGGCUCAAUGUCGAAGCUCGCCCCGCCCCAUUUACGUGUCCGUCGUGGCAAAGAUUACUUGGAAAUUCUAUCGCCGGCCGUUUUCUUCUGGGAAACCUUUGGACUAGAACCUGCUUCCGGGCCAAAGGAUGUAUCUGUCUAUUGUAUUCACCCUCAUAUAGCUGCCGAAGCAACGAAUGCAUUUCUGGAGCGAUUAGGCUUGCUCUACUCAAGCUGUAAUCUUGGCCAGCAUUCGCGGGGGUCAAUUUCAGAGAGCUUCGAGCGUGGAAUGUGUUCCUGGUACGUUGGUACAUCCGGCGAACUCAGCUAUCCUUCGAUCAUGCAAUCGCUGAAAUCGAUCUGCGACAGACUAGUGAUGGCUCUAUUGAAAUCCCCACCUAAUAGGGACAAUGUUGUCGUCUAUAUCAUCAGCCCGUUUAGCAGCGCCGCGGCGUUGGCAGACAUUUGCGCCGCCUUUUGGGGUCUUUUCCAGAAGUAUAUUAGUGGUAUCGAGAAGCAACAAGAUCGGCAAGCGGAUGAACUGGUUUUACAAAUCGUUCCAUUCGAGUUCACCAUGUCGACUGAGUCUUUGGUUGUGCCACUGCAAGCACAAUAUCUAAACUUGGCCCUUGAGGUCUAUAGUCGCUGUCCACCUAAUACUUUGCAGCCUAACCCAAUCAACUGUGCUCCGCCCAUGCUGCUUGCAGAGCCGACUCCGAAAAGUAUCAAUUUUCAACUCACGCCGGAGGAAUCGUCACCUCUCCAGGGAGCAAAAAGCCUUCAUUUGGCGUGCUCAAGGAGUCAUGACCAGCGUUGGCUCACUGUAUCCUGGUCCGACAAUACGGGUACUCUUCAGCAAACAAUGUCUUACUGCCUGCGCUACCAGAACUCAAGCGCAGCCAGAAGCAUCUUGGAAGUGCGCAACGAAAUAUGGUGUGUAACUAGGAGCAUCAUGGAAAAGAUUCAGGCACGAUGGAGAGUCAUCAUUGUCAAUACCGAACCCGUUGAUCAGGAUGAAGUUGAUACAUGGACAAGCCUGGUUGAACAACAUAAUAAGGUGAAGCCGGCACUUGUAGAAUUGGCUAUUCUCUAUGCCAACACCACUCCUGACCUUUAUCUCGAACCCCCUCCCUUGCCAUUACCCAUGUCAAUCUUUAAUCCACACAUAUCAUCGACACCCGUUGCGACACCCAAUCCAAGUGGCAAUGUCUUCUCGCCGGAACAGUACGGCAAUGCACCAACACCUCCUAGCGGUGCAAAUGCUCCCACGCCUACCGAGUUCCCUGCUGAUGCCGAAUCUGAAUCUCUUCUUAUAGACAUUUGCGAUGAAACCUGGGGCGUGAUACUGUCACAUCGUCUCAACAGUUCUUCACAUCUGACAGACUACCGCCCUGCGCUGGCCAGCGGGUAUCUCUUUCGUCGAAAGGGCCCUACGGAUGCCGACGGCGCAUUCUCAAUGAAUGUGAACUUGAUUUACGCGCAGAGGCCUGCUUCUUCCUACGAAGCCUUUCUUAAAGACAUUCUCUCCAAGUAUCGCGAUCUCGCCGCUCUCGCACGUGCAAGGGGCACGCGUAACGUGCAGCAGAACACUUUUCCUUGGCACAUUGCUACAGCGGUCAGGGCGCAGGAGUUAUUGAGCUACGUUUUGUGA